AGCAUGCGCAUUUGAAGCUGUUUUACUUCCUGAAAAUGGUGACAGCAUGAAAAGAGAAACGUAAAAGUUAUUUGUACUUGCUGCUUUUACGAUGGGCUCAACAGCAUGACUCAUUGACACUGAUCCAUUAAACAAAAUGGCAGAAUCAGAGUCCUACCACAGCCCAAGCAAGGCAAACGGUUCAUCUGUAAACACAGAAGUGUAUAGAGUUGAAGAACGGCCAGAACAUGGGAUGAGAAUCCUUCACGCCUUGAAUAAGCUUAAGAAUGACAAAAUAUUGUGUGACGUCAUCUUGAUAGCUGAAAACAAAAAGUAUGAGGCACACCGGGUCAUUCUAGUGUCAGCCUCCGACUAUUUCCGCUCUAUGUUCACAUCUGGGAUGCGUGAAAGUCAUCAGAGGGAGAUAGAGCUGAAGGGCAUUACUAGCAAAGGACUGGAAAAGGUUCUUGAGAUCAUCUACACGUCCACAACAACUCUUGAAGGCGAUGAUAUAUUUGAUGUUAUUGCAGCAGCCACUCAUUUGCAGGUGACUCCUGUGAUUGAGUUUUGUGAACGUAAUUUCCUUAGUGGAAUGACUACCACAAACUUCUAUGAUUUCAUCAAUACUGCGAAAUUAUACAGCAUGAACAAUGCCCUUAGACAGAUUGAUUUUUUCAUAGCAAAAAACUUAAUGCAAAUUUCAAAAGAUGGAACUUUGUACUUGUUGACGUAUGAUCAAAUGAUAAACUGUUUGAAAAACGACAAGUUAUGUAUAAGAGAAAUUGAUAUCUUUAGAAUAACCUGGGACUGGCUAAAGCAGGAAGGUUAUCGUGAGGAUCAUGCAAUCUUCCUCAUGAAACUUAUCAGAUUCCCAUUAAUCAACCCUCGAGACCUCGUGCAGCAUGUGCAGCAAGUGGAGACCAUGAUGACGGUUCCAGACUUGCGCGAAAUGGUUCUCUCAGCGUUAAACUACCACGUUGUACCGCACUCCCAACCACUCCUAAACACUCUUACCACUCAGCUGCGUUCUUUCACUGAGAGGUUGAUAAGUGUUGGUGGUAGAGAAAUUCACCCAAAUCCCUGCUUACAUGAUGAAAUUCUAGUGUUUGACAGUAAAAUCACAGCUAACAGUCUUCUGAAUAGAAGUGAAGUUGCUACACUACCAAGUGCUUUAAGUCAUAUGCAAGUAGUAGUAUUUAAUAACUUUUUGUAUGUGUUAGGUGGCUGCACAACACAGUGUGCCCAUGGAGAAUCUGCAGUGAACUCAGUGUUACGAUAUGACCCAAGGUUUGAUACCUGGUUUCAGGUGUCGUCAAUGAUUAAUAAACGGGCAUAUUUCUUUGCGGGGGUUCUCAGAAACAAAGUGUACGCUGUUGGGGGCAAGUUCAAAGAUGGAAGUCUAGCCACUGCUGAGGUGUAUGACCCAGCAGAGAACACCUGGGAGCCAAUAGCCUCCAUGCCAAUGUCGUACCACGCACAUGCUGGAGCGGUAUUUGCAGAUCACAUAUUUGUAUCUGGGGGUUACAGCAAUAAUCACUUCACGCCGGAUAUGCAGCGGUAUGACCCAGAGACCAACCAAUGGGAGGACAUGGCGCCCAUGCUAACGCCAAGAGGUUGGCAUGUCAUGUGCACAGCCCAGGAUAAACUGUUCGUAUUUGGUGGAUGUAACCUCAACGUCAACCAGCAAGCCCAACCGGUUGUACAGUCGGAGUGCUAUGACCCAGAGGUGGACCAGUGGACAAUUAUAGCCCCGUUAUCCAUAUCUCACAAGGAAGCCUCCUGUGUUGUUUACAGUGAUCAGAUCUAUGUGCUUGGCGGCUAUAAUGUUCAGACAAAGACUGGUCAGAAGUUGGUUUCCAGGUACGAUGUGUACAGCGGAAUUUGGGAGACCAUAGGUGGCUUGCCACGCAGUCUGACUGGCGUUGGUUAUUGUACGCUGCAACUGCCAACAUUUAAUAUAGAAGACGAUGAUUAGCUCAUCUUUUUAAAAACAUGUGAUUGUUGGUUGUUCAGUUAAUGGAAUGCACAGGCUAUAUGAACUGUGGAGACUUUUUGUAAAGAGUAGCUUAAGGCACCAUUCUCUGUGGGAAUGGAACUUAAGAAAAAUAUAAUAAAGGCUUGAUAUUUUAUUUAAGUAAAUAAAUUCAUGGCUUUAAUCAAGAAACUGUCUUCAUACACAUGUCACACAAUCUUAUUCACAGGUAUGCUUAGUAACUCGUCAAAAUAAGCAUUACUGUUAUUGUCAAUUCUGUUCUAUGAGACUAAACUCUUGUUGAAAUGUGUUAGUGAUGUUAAUGCAUUAAUAUCUGCCUCCUAUCACAAUUGUUAAUACUUAAAUAUUAGCUUCCGAUCACAGUUGUAAGCAAGAGCUACAUGUACUAACCAUAGGCAGUGUUUCGGUUCUCAGUGUAUUUGUCCAUCAAUGAGAAAUCUGUGUUUGUUGAAUUUUUGUUAUGGAGUCAUUAAUUUUGAAUCUGUUUUAAAAUGUUGCACUUUUUAGCUCAAAUGUCCAUGAUGAGUUUUUGUGAUUGCCUUUUGUUUAUUGAUUGUCAGCAUUUUCUCUUAUCUUCUGAACCACAUAGCAGAUUUUCACCAGAAUUUACACAAGGUAUCCUUAGGUGACCUUGUUUCAGUUUGUACUGAUGCUGAUAAUGCAUGUCACACUAUAUGUGAAAAGAAGCAACUUUGAUGUUCUUGUAUGCAGUCCUUGAAAUUUACAGUUUUAUCAAUCAAGUCUGAAUUUGUAUAUAAUUACUUGAGUUGAGACCAAGAGAAUGGUGCAAGACUGCCUUUAUGAAAACGAGAAACAGAGUAAGCCAGUUUAUAAAUAAAAUAUUGCAGGGACAUGUGUUGCUAAUAUCACUGGAUAUGUUUCAUCCACUAGUAGUCUUCUACAAAAUCUGUUUAAAUUAUUAUUAUUAUUUGGGGUCAAACAUUGGCCAUGCCUCUCCUCUCAUCCCCCUGAGGAAAAAAGCACCUUGGACUGUUAUUAUAGAAUGGGCAUAUGAUGGUGCAAAUAUUCUGUAAAACUGCAUGUCCCAACUAUUGAGUAUUUGGAAUGUAACAUGGUAUUGUUGUUAUCUAGAUUGCCUAAGUUAUGUCACAAGCCACUCUCUGGGUAUUACAUGGUUAAUACCAAAUCAAUAGCUUCAACUGACUUUAACUCUUUCAGUGCUGGAACCAAACUUUGGAGGCCUUUGCAAACAGUUUGGAUCCAGAUGAGAGGCCACAGAACGUGGCCUCUCAUCAGGAUCCAAACUGUUUGCUAUUCUGAUAGUAUUCUUUGAAAAAAAUCUCAUUUUAGAAAUUCAGCAGACAACAUUUUAGCAGACGACAAAUUUCCAAGCAUGCAAAGGGUUAAAAUCUCUGUAAUCACAAGGCCCAACGGUUUUGAUGUUGUAUCCAAGAUUUUCAAAUUAUUAUCCCGAUUGUGAUGAUGUACAGAUAUUCAUAGUUGGGUGGGUGCUUUGUGCCAUUUGUCUGUUUUUUCAAAUCCUAAAUGGGUAAUUGACAGCAAAAAAUUAUGUUUUAUGGGAACAAAAAGCUUGAUAUGUAAUAGUUCUAUGAAUGCAAAUAACUUUUCCUGAUGGUAGUUGCUAUUUACAAAAUUUUGCUUAUUUGUAGCAAACUGCAUAUUAAUAUUUAAGAAUUUUAAACUAUUAAACCUAAAUAAAUGUUUAAGCGUUCUGUUUUUUUCCCUGAUAGUGUCCAAGUCUUGCAAACAAAUUGGCAUUUUUAGCAACAUUUCAACUGGAUCUGCGUAUUCUGUUCAAACUCAUUGAUAUUGAUAACAUUGGUAGCUUUACAAUGAUUUGCUUGUGUGCUAGUAGAUAGGCAAGACAGAGUCCUCAGGUUCUUCAGUUAUAGUUUUAGUCUUAACUAAUACCACCACUAAAGCUUGAUUGGUCAUUGUCGGCUCGGGUAACGAACCCAGUCGAUAUUAGACUGUACCGUUGUUGUUUUCCCGCCCAAAAUCUGAUGUAAAACGUGCUACUGAUUACUCUAAAACUGUAUUGUUUAUCUUAAACAAACUUCUCUUUAUAUAAAAUACUGCAUCACCAUGCUUGUUGAGUAUGAGUUUCGAAAAUGCAGAGGCCAUUUAACAGAAAAUUGACAUACAUGUGAACAUAAUUAAUUUUAAAAAAUAGCUGACAACAACCGAUUUAGCGUAAAAAAUCCCGGGUAUGUUUGAGUAUAUUUACCGUACCCGGGGUUCAUGUAAGUAUACUUACGGUAAGAGUACCCAGAGUAUAUGUAAGUAGUACCAGAGCCGGCAAUGACCAAUCAAGCACCACUAACAUACAAUAUACAUGAGCCGCGCUCAGGGAAAACGGGGCUUAAUGCAUGAGCAUAAAGAGUUGUCAGGAGAAACUUCCAUGAAACAAGGUGUCUCAUAGUGAUCCGAAAAGUUUUGUGAUAAAAAAAAAUCAAUCACAUUUUUACAGAUUUAUUAUUAUUUAUAAAUAAAUACGAGAACCUGUCUGUCACAGUCAUACAUUUUUAACAAGGCAAUCUUUAUGUGUACAUGAUCACUCUGCUUUGUUCUUAGCAGUAAUUAGAUUUGAUACAAUUAAAUUGAUUGAAGGUAUUCAUAGUAAUAUCAUCUAUUAAAGAAAUAAGAGGCUUAAUUUUGUGUAGUUCAUCAAUGAAUAAAGGCUUACAACAAAUAUACAGUCAAACCUGAAUUCAGCGGUCAGUCAAGGGCAGUGUUAUUAAUUUUCGCGACUCGAGACGACAGACGCGUGACCGUUGAUUUCAGUUCAAACAUGUAUUUCGGAGUUGAAUAUAGUGGCCGUUGGCCGUUAUGGACAGGUGGCCGUUAAAUUCAGGUGUAAUAUAGUGUUUUUCGUCGGGGGGGAUUCCAGACUGACCGUUGUCUGCAUGUGACCGGUAAAUUCAGGUAGCCGUUAGGUCAGUUUCGACUGUAUACAUUUAUUGUUUAUUACAUGAACUGUACUAGUUCCUGUUUCUCAUGAGUCUGUUACAUGAACUUGCCUUAAAAUCCAAACCUUGUUGAAAUUGAUAGUAUAAUGGUAUGUUUGAUCAUGCAUACUUUAAACUUGCCCUCGUAGCAGGACUUGUAUAUAGAGAAUAUUAUGUGUGUUUUGGAUAAAGAUCAAGUUUAUCAUGCGGGGCAUAGAACCAUGUUAGCACGAGGCUUGUCAAUUGCUACCAUGGUUCGAGCCAAGCAUGAUAAAAUUGAACUUUAUCCAAAACUCACAAAAUAUUCUAUUUAUCCUAUUAUUUCUUCCCUUUUUCUAUAAAUAAUUAUAAAAUAUUGCAUUUUUUUGACGAUUUUAUCUUUCUGUAGUUGACAAAAACAUAUUGUCUAAUUUUUUGAAAAAACAAAAUCUGAUCUUAAAAUAGCGAUAAUAUAAAGCUUAAGUUUAUACGAUUGUUGUUAUACUAUUGAUUUUCAUCUGGUAAUAGGAUAAAAUGGUAUGUUUGAUCAUGCAAACUUAAAGCUAGCCUCCAUUUGCAGGGCUUGUAUAAUAAUCAUUUGUUUGAUGAUGCAUACUUUUUACUUGCCCCGAUUUGCAGGGCUUGUAUAAUCGUUUGUUUGAUCAUGCAUACUUAAAACUUGCCUCCAUUUGCAGGGCUUGUAUAAUGGUAUGUUUGAUCAUGCAUACUUUAAACUUGCCUCCAUUUGCAGGGCUUGUAUAAUUGUAUGUUUGAUCAUGCAUACUUUAAACUUGCCCCCAUUUACAGGGCUUGUAUAAUCGUGUGUUUGAUCAUGCAUACUUUUAAACUUGCCCCCAUUUGCAAAUCGUGUUUGAACAUGCAAACUUUAAACUUGCCUCUAUUUGCAGGGCUUGUAUAAUUGGUGUUUGAUCAUGCAGACUUUAAACUUGCCUCCAUUUUCAGGGCUUGUAUAAUCGCAUGUUUGAUCAUGCAUACUUUAAACUUGCCUCCAUUUGCAGGGCUUGUAUACCGGUAAUCAUGUGUUUGGACAUGCAUACUGUAAAUUUGCUCACAUUUAAAGAUUUAUUUCUGGACACAGAACAUGCAGACAAAUCAAACAAAAUGUGUGUUUAUCAAAAAAGAUCAUGAUGAUUUGUUUUAAAAUGAAACAACUUGUCAACCUUCAGGGGGUGGGGGGGGGGGGGGGGGGUAACCCACAUUCAUAAGAUUAGAUUUAUUUAAUAUUAAAGUGAGGACUUAAAAAAUUCAAUUGUUUUUAUAUUGUGAACAUUUUCAAGGCAUAAUGCAAAUGUGAAAGGUGUAUAAUUCAAAGUUCAUAACUAUUUAGUCUUUGAUGCUUAAAAUGCCAUUAAAAACAAAAAGGUGAAAAAGGUCAUCUAUCACAUUUUAUUCCAUAUUACCAUAUUUCCUGUGUUAAUAACAAGUUACAACUGAUUAUGCACAUUCGUUUUUGAUCAUUUUCAAGGUAAAAUUUUCAGCAUGUUUAUUGGCCACUUUUGUUUGACUGACAAAUUGCAUGACCAUUAAUUUGGCAAAGUGAUAAAGCAUUCGUGGGAGAUAUCAGCUUUUUAUGCCCCUGGAUCGAAUGAUUGGGGGUAUAUUGUUUUUGGCCAGUCUGUCUGUCUGUCUGUCUCAUUCUGUCCCAAAACUUUAACCUUGGUUAAAGUUUUGCAAUAACUUUUGCAAUAUUGAAGAUAGCAACUUGAUAUUUGGCAUGCAUGUGUAUCUCAUUGAGCUGCACAUUUUGAGUGGUGAAAGGUCAAGGUCAUCCUUCAAGGUCAAAAAACCAAAUCCAAGGGAAGUAACAAGCUUUAAAGGGAGAUAAUCUAUAUUUAUCAUUUGGCAGGUUCAGAUCAUUUUUACAAGGGUAGUAAAAAAAUUGAAGGGAUAUAAUCAAAAACAAAAAUAUUUAAAUCAAAGCGGCGCAGUAGGCGGCAUUGUGUUUUUGGCAAACACAUCUCUUGUUUUUAAAUAAGAAGUUAAUGUUUAAAAACACAAGAUGAACUAAGGAUCUGAUACUAGUCAUUUUAUACCACAGUUAAUAACAUUGUUUUCGGGAAAUUCCAGUGGGCAAGCCUGUGGGGAGCUUACAGACAGAGUUCCUGUGCAAGCUAAAUAAAAUAACUUACGUUAUGAAAUUCGGAGGGCCUGAUCAUAUGAGAUUGAUCAUGAGAUUGUGCGAGAGUUUAGGUCAUUUUGCAAUGUUCAGUUUAAACCUAAUUUUGUAGUUGCAAAGCAUUUAAAGCCUUAGAAGCCUUUUGCUUAUACUGUAGUCAUUUUGAGUCAUUUUCCUGGAAAGCUAGAGUAUUUGGUGUCUUGAUCCUGAGAACGCUGCUGAAGUUGGGUUCAGCUGCAGAGCGGACACCAAAUCUGUGACACCAUAGCAACCUCUUAGAGUUUAAAAUUUUAACCUUAUUUUAUAUUUAAUAGGUGUCAAUAUUUGUCUGAAUCAGAAUGUUAGCAAGGGGAUGCAUGGCAUUCUUUUUGCAGCAAAGGUUAAUGGUAAACAUAAUGUGAGUUCUCAAUAAUGACUUCUUCAUGUAGUGUAUCAGAACACGUGUAUUUAUUUAUGAUAUACAAGUCAUUGUAAAUAAUAUGUGUAUGGUUUAUGUUUAAUAAGUAUAACAGAAGAUAAUACAGUAAGCAUGUGUCUUGUUAACAAUUUGUUUGUUAAUUCAUAUGUACUUGUUUUGAGUACUUCAACUGUUUUCCUCUAAAACAUGUAGCUGGACAUAAUUAACUUGGCAUUUGUCACUCAUUUACUUUAAUGAUGUUCUUAAGUUGUUUUCUUUAAUAAAACUCUUUUUGUUAAGUAUGAAGUGGUUUAGUGAAAAAUUAGUACAGUUCAGAACAGAAAUAAAUAUAUUCAACCCAACAGUAUAUUAGUUAAAUUAUAUUCGUGUAUGAAGGAUAAAUUCCAUGUUAAUAUUUCCAAGCUACUGUUGGUCAACAUUUUUAAUGGCCAAAGUUGGAAAUGUCACAAAAUCUUCAAUAUGAAAAAUAAAAGGAAUUCACAUGUU